AUGUCGUCGUCGCUGAUGAGAAGAGAAAUUGUUUGUUUGAUACUUCAGUUCUUGCGUGAACACAACUACAAUGACACUAUUCACACAUUGGAAAAGGAGUCAGGAGUUUUCUUCAAUAUGACCUACUUUAAGGACAUUGCGGCAAAUGGUGAAUUGGAUGAGGUUGUGAAGUAUUUGCCUGGCUUUACAAAAUCCGAUGACAAUGAAUACUCAAGACUCAUGUUCUUUGAGAUUCGUAAGCAGAAGUACCUUGAAGCACUAGAUCGAGGCGAUAUAGCGAAGGCUGUGGAAAUUCUUAAGGAAUUGAAACGCUUCUCCGAAUUUGAUGACACAACUGUCAAGGAUCUUACGUAUCUUUUGACUUUGGAAAACUUUAGCCUCACGAAGCAGUAUUCAAGACAGGUAAUGCUUGAAAAGUUAAAUAACUGGGUGCUGAAAAACCCAGUCUUUCAUGACAAACUUCAGUUUCCUAAUCUAGAUGAUUCAAGGCUGACGACAGUAAUCAAUCAGAGUUUAAAUUGGCAGCAUUAUAUGUGCAUUAGUCCAAAGCCUUACCCUGAUAUAAAAACCCUCUUUAUGGACCAUAGUUGCGAGCCACCUAAUGUCAAUUGUGAUCCUUCUGCAGUAACUAAAAAUAUCGGGUUUUUCACCAAGGAACCUGUGAUAUUCACAUCUGCUUCAAGUUCAAACACUAGAAUUAAUGUUGGGAUUGCAGAUGGAAGGGUGCAACUUUUUCCAGAUGCCAGGCAGAAUGGAGAUACUCAAUUUUUGCCAUGUGUGAAAUCAAGAGUCAUCGAUGAGUCACAGAAAUAUAAGAUCUGGCGGCCAAUUGUAAUCAAUCAAUCGUCUGGACUUCGUGCCUUGCGACUUCAAGAUAGUCUUUCACCAGAAAAGUACUUGAUGCAGGUUGUUAAGUUGAUGUAUACACAUGCAGGAUCUGCGAUAAUAGCAUUGGCUAAUAAUGCCAUGCACAAAGUAUGGAAGUGGCAGAAAAAUGAGAAAAAUCUAAGUGGAAAGGCAACUAGUGCUGUGCCACCACAAUUAUGGCUGCCAUCUAAUGGCAUAAAGAUGAGCAAUGACAUCGAGAAGAUAAACAAAGAAAAUGCCCUUCCAUGUUUUACUCUUACGAAAGAUGAUGCCCAUCUUUUGUCAGCAUCAGGGGGGAUGGUUUCCUUAUUCAUGAUGCAGUCGUUUAAGGUAGAAUAUACAUGCUGCCCCCCACCUCCUGCAGCAACUUGUCUUGCCUUCCAUCCAAAGGACAAUAACAUUAUUGCAAUCGGCAUGGAUGACUCUUCAAUUCUUGUCUAUGAUAUCAAGUUUGCUAAGGUUAAAAACAAGCUAACCGAUCACCAACAUAAAGUUACUGGCCUUGCAUUUUCUGUUGUUCUUAAUGUGCUUGUAUCAUCUGGAGCUGAUGCUCAGCUGUGUGUGUGGAGCUUGGAUGGAUGGGAGAAGCAGGCUAGUCGAUUCCUAAAGCUUGCCAAUGGGUGUGUACCAAGAACUAUGUCACCGACCCAUGUUAACUUUCAACAAGAUCAGAUACACGUGCUUGCUGUGCAAAGAACUCAAAUAACCGUAUAUAAAGCACCAACACUAGAGCGUCUUGAACAGUCGUUUCGCACGGGACCAACUGGUACAAUAAUAAUGGAUGCUGUGUAUUCAUGUGAAGGCCAGUCAAUCUAUGCAGCCCUUGGAGAUGGAAGUGUGGCUGUUCUAAAUGCCACAAGCCUCAAGCUGAAGCAGCGGAUCAUCAUCGGGGAAUAUGUUCCUUCUAAUCCACGGAUAUACGCAGUUGCUGUUGCAGCCCACCCAUCUGAGCCCAAUCAGUUCGCCCUUGGACUUUCUCAUGGUGGAGUCACCGUUUUGGAGCUAAUGGAAGCAGAGCAGACAACGGAGCAAGACAGUAGCCCCGAUCAUGAGGUGGAAAAUCAACGGCUGAGAGACAAGAAAGUGAAGGAUAUAACGGCAGACAAGAGGCGGCUAGUGGAGGUGCCGUACACUGCAUCCUUAGCUCACACCAUGAACACUUUAGUGGCCAACAAGGUUGUGGCGGUGCCGGUGGCUGCACCGCCUGGGCACUGGAUCGGUGCCGGUGGGUCCAUGAUCUUGGAGUCGGAUAAGCAGACGGGAGCUGUCCGGAAACACUACAUAGGUAUGCUUACUAUGCUUGAUAUUUUGGCCCACAUUGCCGGUGAUGAUCAGGUGAACGGUGGUGAUGAUGGGUCUGAUCUUGAUAAGAAGAUGUCCGUCCCUGUUUCGUCCAUCAUAGGACAUUGCCUUGAGGGUUUAAGUCUCUGGACUUUAAAUCCCAAUACUAGCAUUAUAGACUGUAUGGAAGUGUUGAGCAAGGGAAUUCAUCGGGCCCUGGUUCCAGCGGAGAGCCAGAUGGAGAACGUUUCAGGAGUUGAACUUGUGGAAUCUGCGUCGAGCUAUCGAAUGCUGACGCAGAUGGAUUUAUUGGAAUUUUUGAUGAACAACCACAAUGCCUAUGAAAUCGAGGGUAUUAUAUCGCAGUCUGUGAGGGAAUUGGGAGCGGUGAAUGAAACUGUUUUCGCCAUUACUGAACGUACGAAAGUUAUCGAUGCUAUCAAGUGCAUGAAGGCUGCUUUGUUUCAUGCUGUUCCCAUAGUUAAAGCCUCUGAAACCCUUGAAGAAGAUCCCAAGCAGCUUAUAAAGGGGAACGGGAGGCAGCUUAUAGGUACAUUUUCAGCAACAGAUUUAAGGGGUUGCCAUUUUGCUUCACUUCAAACAUGGUUGCCUCUAACUGCUCAAGACUUCACCCAGAGGAUCUCAACAAGCCCUCUGAAUACAGCUUCCAACACAACUGAACCAAGACAACUCAUAACAUGCCACAUGGAUUCGCCGCUCGCCCAAGUGAUUGGUAAGGCUGUGACGCACCAUGUCCACCGAGUUUGGGUGGUGGAUCAACAGGGCUUGCUUGUUGGUCUUGUUUCUCUCACUGAUAUGAUCAGAGUGCUAAGAGCCUCGCUGUUAUCUAAUAAUUCUCAGUAAUGUCAUCUUAAUAGAGUUUGAGAUGUGAUGUUUUGGCAAUAUUUUUGAAGGUUUUUUGUUCCUGUUAAAUACCAUUUUGAUAAGUGGUUUCUUUUAGCUUGGCUUUUAAAGAAACAAAAUUAACUUCAGUUGUUGUU